ACGGCGGCUGAGUGUGAGCCUUGGCGGUGGAGGCGGCCGCGGCGGUGAAGGAGGCGGCGGCAGCGGCUGAGGAGAAAGAGGAGUGGCGGCAGUGGCGGCGGGGACCUGUGCCGGGAUGGCGGAGGUACCGCCUGGGCCUAGCAGCCUCCUCCCACCACCGGCACCUCCGGCCUCGGCGGUGGCUGAGCCCCGCUGUCCCUUCCCGGCCGGGGCCGCCCUCGUCUGCUGCAGCGAGGACGAGGAGGACGACGAGGAGCACGAAGGCGGCAGCGGCAGGAGUGCGGCGGGCAGCGAGGCGGCGGCCAAGGGGCGUCCGUGCCUCCGGUGCCCUCAGCCGCCGCAGGAGCAGCUGCAGCUCAACGGACUGAUUAGCCCCGAACUGCGGCACCUCCGAGCGGCCGCCUCUCUCAAGAGCAAGGUUUUAAGCGCGGCCGAAGCGGCCACGACCGCGGCCACCCCUGACGGGGGCCCCAGAGCGACUGCAACAAAAGGAUCCGGGGUACACUCGGGCGAGAGUCCCCCUCACUGCCUCCCCAGUAACGCAAGAACUGCGCUCCCCAGCCCCGCAGAGGCAGCGGCGGCCCGCAAUGGACUGGCGGAGGGCACCGAGCAGGAGGAGGAGGAGGACGAGCAGGUGCGGCUGCUGUCUUCGUCCCUGACCGCCGGCUGCAGUUUAAGAAGCCCCUCAGGCAGGGAGGUUGAGCCUGGGGAGGAUCGGACGAUACGUUAUGUCCGAUACGAAUCCGAGCUACAAAUGCCCGAUAUCAUGAGACUGAUCACCAAAGAUCUGUCUGAACCCUACUCCAUUUAUACCUAUAGAUAUUUUAUCCACAACUGGCCACAGCUAUGUUUCUUGGCCAUGGUAGGGGAGGAGUGUGUAGGUGCCAUCGUUUGCAAGCUGGACAUGCACAAAAAGAUGUUCCGCAGAGGUUAUAUAGCCAUGUUAGCUGUGGAUUCCAAAUACAGGAGAAAUGGCAUUGGUACUAACUUGGUUAAGAAAGCUAUAUAUGCCAUGGUUGAAGGAGACUGUGAUGAGGUUGUUUUGGAAACAGAAAUAACGAAUAAGUCUGCUUUGAAACUUUAUGAAAAUCUUGGUUUUGUUCGCGAUAAGAGGCUGUUCAGAUACUAUUUAAAUGGAGUUGAUGCACUGCGACUUAAAUUGUGGCUGCGUUGAGAAACUGACAUCAAGGAACAACUUUCCAACUACGCAGAAUCGACCUUUGCAUGCAAUGCAAUUUGUACAGAAUUGCUUUGCAGGUGGAUUUAGUAAUUUCCAUGCAGUUCUUAUCUGUCAGUGUCUCAUUGAGUGUCGCACAAUAUUUGUUGCACUUUGGCAUGGCGCAUUUGUUCUGAAUUAAAAGAGAUUGUUUUAAACUUAAAGAGUUUUUUUGGUACCAACAAGAUGUGCCAGUUGAUAGCCAAGAUUUGUUUGUUCAUUUGCAAAGUCUGCUGAUAAUGUUAUUUACACAGUGAUCAUUUUACCACAGAACCAGUAAGUGGAACAUGAUUUUUGUUCCUUUAAAAAGCCAACGUAGAUUGUAAAAAUCUCUUACAUAUUCUAACAUUUCACAUGAAACCUGCCAUAGUUUUCUGAAGGGGGUGGGGGAAAAGCUUCAAUUUUAGGUUUUAUUUUUUCAAUAUUAAAUUUUCCAUUCUUGAAUAUUGGUACCUCAGUGAUUAGUGAAUGAAAAAUUUAGGGUUGGUUGUGUCUUACAAUGAGUAAAGAUAACAAUUAAAUUGCGUCUGCCAGUGCCUGUAUAGAUAAGUAUAUGUCUUCAUCUCUAGUUUUUAAAUGCAUGCUACCUUUUCCUUUUCUUUUUUAAGGCCUUUGCAAGCAAACUUUGUUUUUAUUUAAAUUCUAAAUUUGAUAAUAAAUUAUUUCAGAUUUUUAUAAUUUGGAUACUUUUUCCAGGUGAGUGACAGUGUGGUUUACUUUAAAGUAAGAAGUUGAAUCUACUUGGAAAAUCUUUGAGAAAUGGCUCAAAGGGGAUGAGAAAAGUUGAUGGAGCCGGGAAUUGCUGGGUUUUGGAUGCACUUUUCUUUUUUGAGAGUGAGGGAAUUUUUGGAAAGAAUAGAAAAUUAAUGUAAACUGAUAAGAUUUUAUUUAAUCAAAAUUAUUGCUAAGCUGUGAAGAACAGCUUUUACAAUGUAGUUGGAAUUUUUUUUCCCACUUGAUUAGGAUUCACAUUGCUUUCAUUUCUUAAGAUGUUUCACUUUUGGUUCUUGGUCUUAGAAAUAAAUUUCAAGGUGCAUUGUAUCCACUUUAAACUGAUUUUAUAUACUUUCCACUUAUUGGAGCGAAUUCUUGGAGAGCUUUGCUUAGUUCCUAAAAAAACAAAAGGGAGAGAUGGAAAUUUUUUUUGGAAUGCAUUCUUAUGGGUUUUCAAUAGCCAUCACCAUGUUCAUUAGUUACACCAUGUUUUGGCCAGUCUGUGCACUGUAACAAGUCUUACAGUUAAUUGCUUUUAAUUGAGUCAGGAAACCUGUGAUGGAUAAUUUAUUUAACUGGAAAACCUAGGUACCCAUGGAAAAAAAAAAGAUCAUUUUCUGUGAAAAAUGUUUUAUAGGAAUCUUUGUUUUUUUCUUUAAUUUGGAUAUGCUUUACUUCUGCUCUAGGAUUUGGUUUGAAUUUUAUUUUAUGACUAUAAUUACUGUAUUUUUAAAAACCCUACCUCCAUUAACAGUUGGUAAAAGCCCCCUUUCAGGAAAGUUUGCUG